AUGUUAGUGAAAAAUUUGAUAAAAGCAGAAGAAAGAUUUGAUGGUAGAAAGAUUAAGGAAACAAGGAAGCUCGAAGUAGAGAAGAUAUCUAAUUCCUGUCUGAUCUCUAUGGGGAAGUCUCGGCUGCUGGCUGUGUCCCAGAAAGGCAUAUCCAGGCCAUAUGUGGACAAAUCACAUGAAGGAAUAGUGAACUUCAGCAUAUCCAUGGGAGGAAAAAGACAUGAAAGAUUGGUGAACUUCCUCCACAAGGUGUAUAUCAAGCAGAAAAGUAUCGAUCUUGAGAGCCUCUGUAUCAAGUUAAAUGAAGAGGUUGUACUGAUUCAUAUAGACCUAAGGAUUCUGUCCUGUGACGGAAGUAUCUAUAGUCUUAUAGUCCAAGGCGUGAAUUCUGUGCUGGAGACCCUUGGAGUGAAAAUGAACUACAUGCCCCAGUGCUUUUCUUACUGCUCAAUUGACAAUGUGGUCAUCACAGACCCUUCGGAAAAUGAACAAAUCGAGGAAGAUUGGAAUUGUGUUGUGGUGAUGAAGUCGCCUAAGGAAAUAGUUUUUCUUGAGAAGAUAGGAAGGGAAUGCAGCAUAGAACAAGUGUUCGAAACCAUCGAUAGAUCUGUCAAAGACUUCGUGGUGCCUCUCCCAGGAACAGAAGGGGAGAAAUGGCUUAGAAGCACUUGA